AUGGAGAGGAAGUCGCAGGCUGCACAUGCUGAGAAGACAAAACUUGGAGAGGUCGGGUACAGCGGGUCUGGCGAGAAGUACGAGAUUCCACUUGGCUCGGGACGCCGGCUCGUGCUUCCACGUGGCCUUUUUUCUGCGAAAUUUAUCGAGUUGGUGGUCAUCACGCUGGUUUCGACUCUUUUGCUCUUCCACUCACCCUUUAAGGACAAGCAGCAACGCAACUGCUUCUCGGUUCUCGUGUGUGCCUCGCUGUUGUGGGCAACGGAGGCCAUCCCACUAUUCACGACCUCGCUCCUCGUGCCGUUCUUAUUGGUUGUCCUAUCGGUGCUCAAGGACCCGGACACGGGCGAAGUCUUGAGUGCAGUGGAUGCUUCCAAGUUCAUCUGUGCCACAAUGUGGUCUCCCAUCAUCUUGCUAUUGCUUGGUGGUUUCACUUUGGCCGCUGCACUCUCCAAGUACAACUUGGACAAGAUAGCAUGCACUUUUUUGCUCUCCAAGGUGCCCCAGCACCCGGUGUACGUUUUGGGUGCCAUCAUGGUGGUUUCGACGCUUGUUUCUGCAUUCGUGUCCAACGUUGCCGCCCCGGUUUUGAUGUACUCGGUGAUCCGGCCCGUGCUAAGCACGCUUCCAGAAGGUUCCAGCUUCGCCCAGGCCUUGGUGAUCGGCAUUGCACUUGCAUCGGACGUCUCGGGCAUCAUCUCGCCAAUCGCGUCUCCGCAGAAUGUCGUGGCAUUGCAGAGUAUGGACCCACAGCCGAACUGGGCCCAAUGGUUCACUGUUUCCAUCCCCGUCUGCUGCACAGCCAUCGGCCUAAUCUACAUCUUUCUUCUCUUCAACUUCAACUUCAAGGGCACCACACUCGUGCCCAUCAAGAGGACCGCCGACAAGUUCACCUGGCAGAAGAUAUACGUCAUAGUAGUCUCCAUUGCCACCGUCAUCCUGUGGUGCUUGGCCUCCGCACUCCAGAACUAUGUCGGUGACACUGGAAUGAUUGCCAUUGCGUCCAUGGUGGCUUUCUAUGCCCCGGCCAUCCUUUCCCCGGACGAUUUCAACAACUACCCCUGGACCAUCGUCAUGCUUGCCAUGGGGGGCUUGGCCUUGGGCAAAGGUGUCACCGUUUCCGGAUUGUUGCAGACAAUAGCCCAGGGAAUCCAGGAGAGGCUAGCAGGGAAGGAUUUGUUCACCGUCUUGUCCAUUUUCGGCAUCAUAGUCAUGAUCACUGCCACCUUCGUCUCCCACACUGUUGCAGCCCUCAUCAUCAUUCCUCUCAUCGAGGAGAUCGGAAAGUCUCUGCCCGAUCCUCAUCCAAACUUGUUGGUCAUGGCUGCUGCCUUUUUGUGCUCCUCCGGUAUGGCUCUCCCGACUUCCGGCUUCCCGAAUGUCACUGCCAUCGGCUUGCGUGACAAUGUUGGAAACUCCUACGUCACCGUCUCCACUUUCAUGAGAUGCGGAGGUGUGGCUUCCAUCGUCUUGUAUCUUGUUGUUGUAUUCCUAGGCUACAUGAUCUUACGUAUGAUGAACUUCUAG